CACACACAAACACAUGCACACAAACACACGCACACAUACUCACACAUAUAUUAGGAAAUCAAGAACAUACAUUUUUGGUAUGUGUAGUCUGAAUAUUAUCAAUCAUCAUUUGUAAUUUGUAAAUAGUCCUUUAUAGAUUUGUUCAUAUAAUUUAAGUGUACUAUUCUCCUUAUAAUGAUUUCAUCAUUAUAUAGUUACAUGUCUAUUGUUACAUAACAAUCAUAACAGCUUAGAAAAAAAUAAUAAUAAAGAACAAAACAAGGUUCAUUCAUCUCAUUAUCAUUCAAUCAUAAAUCAUGAUGAAAUUUCAGUUGACACAAAAAUUUUGGUUCCUUGUAUUCAUUAUAUUGAAUUGUUUUGUUGCCGUAACAAGUUUUAUAUUAUUUGUAUUAAGUAUAAAAGCCGAGGAUAAUCUAUUUAAAUAUAAAUUAAUAUUACAAUAUACAAUACCGGCUAUUUAUCCAACAGGAAUAUUUACUGGAAGUCUUGGUUUAAUAACAGCAUGUUUAGGAUUUAUUGGAUUAUGGAAACAAAUGAAUAUUUUAUAUCUUUUACAUGUAAUUUGUUUGACCAUAGCAACAAUCAUCAAUCUAUGUAUAGCUAUUGUAACAUUGAUAACUGAUCAUCAAUUUUUUAUAAAUGCUAAACAAGCGUUAGAUACUACUAUUAAAUAUUAUUAUAAGAAUGAUGAAUAUGCAGAUGAAUUUGAUGAAUUACAUAGAAAAUUUUUCUGUUGUGGAGUUAAUUCAUAUGCUGAUUUUAAAAAAGCUAAAGUAUUAAUACCAUUCUCGUGUAGAGUUGGUCAGUAUGUUUAUGCAAGAGGGUGUUUUGAUGAAUUAAGUGAAUACGUACAAUAUUAUAUAACAUUAUUAACAUCAAUUUGUUUUACUACAUCAUUUAUCUAUGCUGUAUUCAUAGGUGUAGCAAUUAGAAAUCUUCGUAAAUCAAUUAAAGGAAUAAAUUCAUCUUCAUAAUAAAAAAAAUCAAAUAUAAAUUAAACUUAAUGUCAUUUCUUUUUAAUUUAUGAAAAACAAAAAAAAUUAACGUUCAAUUGUUGCCAUGACAAUUACA